ACAUAGAUUUUUCAGAGUCAUACAGCAUGGGUUUAUGAAAAUAACUGAAAAUGUAGAGUACAAUUUCUGCCAAACGGUCACAUGGGGGAGAAGAAAACUGACUAAAAGUGUAUUGAAAAUUUGGAACAGUGGGGAAAAUAUGUCAAAGAAAGUGGAUAUCUGGCCGACUGUUCCGUGUGUUUUUAGUUAUCCGUUCCCAAAAUCGUGUCUGCUGCCUUUAUACAGAAGUGCAGAAGUUUCAGUCUCUAGUUCUUCGUGAAGCUCGAUCACUUUUUCCAUCGUGUUGUUUAUACUUGGACAAUCCAAAGCAAAGGGACAAAAGGGAAGAAAAAUAGAAGAAUCGGGUACUCGUGAUUUCUCUAUCUCUGGCGGUAGGAAAAAUGGCAACUUUUGCGAAAUACGUUAAACCCCAGAAACCCCAAAAAGGCGUAGAAGUUCUUCUCCACAUCUGAGCUCCGGAAUUCGAAGUCUGAAUUUAUCCAAUGCCCCCAAGGCGUAGUAAUCCUUGGACCCUAGACCUCGACCCCGACCUUUACGGAAUCGAUCUCGACCCAUCCGAUUUUGGGUCGUCUCUUCCCCUGAAGAAGGUCCCGAACGGUGACAUUUUCUCGGCAUCUCGCGCCGGAGAUGUGGACCGCCUCCGCUACCUCCUCGAGUCCGGCGUCAAUGUCAACGCGCGCGACCAGUGGGACUCGGUGGCGCUUUACUACGCCUGCUUGGCCGGUCACCUCGACGCUGCCAGAAUGUUGCUGGAGAGCGGCGCUAUAUGUUCGGAGCACACCUUUGAUGGCGAUAGGUGUCAUUAUGCUGCCCUUAAUUUGAAGGUGCGGAAGCUUCUCAAGGCAUUUGAAGCAAGACCACCGCCGCUCGCCCCAUUGCAGGCUGCUCUGCGUGAAACUUUCUUGGGGUCUGGAGCCAACAGGGCGUAUUUGGAGCAGGCCGGGAGCCUUCAUCAAUUUUCAGGUCUUGCUUUCAAUUCAGAAUCCAACUAUGAGUUCUUCCCUCCCGACGUUUCRUUUAUAGUUCAAGGUAGGCCUAUUGAAGCUCACCGAGUUAUCCUAAGCGCUCGAUCUCCUUUCUUUAAGAGGAAGUUUGAAGCUGAUUGGAAAGAACGCAAGGAAGUAAGAUUCUCAAAGGAAAAGCUGUCUUAUCCAGCUCUAUACAGUCUCAUUCACUUCUUUUAUUCUGAUAGACUGGAGAUUGCUGUAGACGAUAUGGAAGACCUUAUCAGAAUUUGCAAAGUUUGCAAAUGCGAAUCUUUACUCAGAAUUCUUGAGAAAGAACUGGUUCAUCAAAAGUAUGCUGACUACAAAGCUCUGGGUGAUGUUGACAACUCAAUUAAGAGGUUCAUCUUACAGGGUGUCUCCCUUCCUGAAGAGGACCGCCUUCCAGCAGCUUUACGUCGGAUGCUUCAGACUGCUCUAGCGAACUCUGCUAGGGAACAUGACCUAGUCAAUGGUGCUAAUGAUUUAUGUUUACAGGCUAGUAAAAUACAGAUCAAUGAUCACAUAGAUGAUCUUGCAGAUAUUUGUGUGAGAGUUGAUAAAAAGUUUUUCCGGUGUCACAAAGUUGUUUUAGCAUCAAGGUCGGAGUACUUUAAGGCAAGAAUAUCCCGUAUAAAGGAUUUUGGUAAAGGGAGAAAUGAAAUUCCUGUUCAUACUCUUCUAUUUCUUGAAGAACAUGAUUUGAGCAUGGAAGUAUUUGAAAAAAUGAUAGAGUAUAUGUACACAGACUGUUUAAAGCAUAUAGAUCCUGAUCAGGCGGAAGAAAUGUUUGAUGCUGCUUCAAGAUAUCUAUUGUUCCCUCUUAAGCGUGCCGUGGCUGACGCUGUGCUACCACACUUGGAAAUGGUUUCUCCAGCAGAACUGUGCCAAUGGUUAAUACUGUCUGACAUGUAUGGUGCUAUCAAGAUACGUGAGUACUGUCUGGAUACAAUAGCUUGCACUUUUGAGACAUUUGCCGAUACUCGAGAAUUCAGAGAGAUGCUAUUGACCCUCCCUCCACCAUCAGGAGAUUCCUCGCUCCGGACAACAGUUCCUAGUGCUCCAGGAGCUGCAGUUAAUACAGAUCAAGGCAACCUUCUCGAUGAUUUACGAGAAAAAUGGCUUGAAGCUGAAGCUGCCGAACUUGAUAAGAGAGAUGAAAGCGCUCUCCUCUUCGAUAAGCGUCUUGAGAUGUUAAUGCUCAUGGCAGAACAAGAAAAAUCUGAUGAAUCCCCUGAUGAGACUGGUAACCAUCCUUCAGCGACUGAAUUCCCCUCCACCUCUCCUAUCUAGUAUAGAAUAGAGAUUUUUGGCUCAACCAAUUGUUUUUUCAGGCCGUGGCUCAAAUGUCCCAAGAUAAUUUAGUUGGGGUUUUGUAACUUUAGUUGCUCGAUCAUUGAACUAUCCAUUUCUUUUUGGACGUUUCAUUUUUUGUAAUAUAUCACAAAAGCUUGUGUUAUAAUAAACGUUUACUUGCUCAUUGUUUAA